GGGCUCCUCCCUCUUCAUUUCUCAGCCCUGCCUUCUCUGUCUCCCAGACCCCGCCACGGGACAUCUCUCACCUGCUGCAGUCUGGACCUGGAUGUUCCUGUUCUUGCUGUUGGAAGCCUGGGCAGGACACGUGAGGGCACAGGAGUCCAAGGUGCUGGGCGGCCAGGAAUGUGAGGCCCAUUCUCAGCCUUGGCAGACAGCCUUGUUCCAGGGCAUCCAGCUGCUAUGCGGGGGUGUCCUCAUCGAUGACAACGGGGUCCUUACAGCAGCCCACUGUAAAAAAACAGUGAGUGGAUGCCUGGGGCAGAGGAAAUACACAGUACGCCUGGGGGAUCACAGCCUGAAGAAUAAGGACCGUUCAGAGCAAGAAAUGGCUGUGGCUCAGUCCAUCCCACACCCCUGCUACAACAGCAGCAAUGAGGACCACAGCCAUGAUCUCAUGCUCAUCCGACUACGUGGUCGGGCAUCCCUGGGGCCCAAAGUGAAGCCCAUCAACCUGGCGGAUCGCUGUCCUGAAGUUGGCCAGAAGUGCACCAUCUCGGGCUGGGGCACCGUCACCAGCCCCCGAGAGAAUUUUCCUGACACCCUCAACUGUGCAGAAGUAGAAAUCUUCCCCCAGAAGAAAUGUAAGGAUGUCUACAGCGGGCAAAUCACAGACGCUAUGAUUUGUGCAGGUGACAGCAAUGGGGCCGAUUCAUGCCAGGAAGAUUCCGGGGGUCCACUGGUGUGUGGUGGUGUUCUCCAGGGCAUCACAUCCUGGGGAUCGGACCCCUGUGGGCGGCCCGAGAGACCUGGUGUCUACACCAACAUUUGCCGCUACUUGGACUGGAUCAAGAAGACCAUAGGCAGCAGGGUUUGA